AUGUCGUGGAAGCUGACUAAGAAGCUCAAGGACACGCAUCUGGCACCGUUCGCUGACACUUUUACUCGCUCGUCUGCAUCUACAACUGUUGGAGGCUCUCCUCAGCUCAAGCCGAGCAUCUCGGGCUCGAUUUUGAAUGACCUAAAGGGCCCGAAUAGCAUAGAAAACGUCAACCCGCCCCAACCUUCGACCAAGCCCGGCAUUCUUAUCGUCACCCUCCACGAGGGCAGGGGCUUUUCACUACCACCGGGUUCAGAAAAGCUCUUUAACGUCCCACGAUAUGGUAGCUCACAUUCGACUGGUGGCGACUACAACUCCUCGAACCGACCAGAGUCGCGGGGACAGAUAGCAGGCUCCUACGCUUCAGGACGGCCACAUUCCUCAACCAACGCAAUCAACAACGCCCCCACAGUCAACGGCCGCCGUUACUCGUCAAAAUACUUGCCUUACGCCCUCCUCGACUUCGAUAAGCAGCAAGUCUUUAUCAAUGCCGUCUCAGGCACCCCGGAAAACCCGGUCUGGGCUGGCAACAAUACGCAGUACAAAUUCGAUGUCUCGAGAGCGACGGACCUCUUCUUGUCGCUUUACAUUCGCAACCUAACUGCAGCUCCGAAAGUUGGUCGCAGCGAGGACAUCUUUAUUGGUACAGUUACUGUCAAGCCUAGGUUUGAGGAAGUGAGGGCUUAUAAUGACGCCGGGAAAAAUAAGAACAAAGGCGGAGAGCAGGAGGACUCCUUCGGCCAGCCUGGUACUGAGUGGCUUGACAUCAGCUACGGAACCGGCAAGAUUGGAGUAGGCGUAGAGUUUGUGGAGGCCCGACAGCAGUCGUUGUCGAUUGACGAUUUUGAGUUGCUUAAAGUUGUCGGUAGAGGUAGCUAUGGCAAGGUCUUGCAAGUUCGGAAGCGCGACACCGGUCGUAUCUACGCUCUCAAGACGAUCCGCAAGGCUAAUAUCAUCUCACGCUCCGAAGUCGCCCAUACCCUAGCUGAGCGCUCAGUAUUGGCGCAGAUUAACAACCCCUUUAUUGUGCCCCUCAAGUUCUCGUUUCAGUCACCAGAGAAGCUCUAUUUCGUCCUCGCGUUUGUAAACGGCGGGGAGCUUUUCUACCACCUGAAAAAGGAGCAGACUUUUAGUGUGAAUAGAGCCAGGUUCUACACUGCAGAACUGCUCUGCGCACUAGAAUGCCUGCACGGAUUUAAUGUCAUAUACCGCGACCUGAAGCCCGAAAACAUAUUGCUCGAUUACACUGGGCACAUUGCGCUCUGCGACUUUGGCUUAUGCAAGCUCAACAUGGGCGAGGGCGAAAGGACAAACACUUUCUGCGGUACUCCAGAGUAUCUUGCUCCAGAGCUUCUCCUCAACGGCGGCUACGACAAGACAGUUGACUGGUGGACCCUUGGCGUGCUCCUAUAUGAGAUGUUAACCGGACUUCCUCCCUACUACGAUGAGAAUACCAACGAAAUGUACCGCAAAAUUCUCCACGAGCCGCUACACUUCCACCUAGUCCCACCAGCUGCGCGCGAUCUUUUAGCACGUCUACUUGAUCGCGAUCCCAAGCGGAGACUGGGUGUCAAUGAGGCUGCCGAGAUUAAGGCGCACUACUUCUUCCACGGCAUCGACUGGCGAAAGCUGCUGGAUCGCAAGUAUGAGCCGAGCUUCAAGCCUAACGUGACGGACGCCCGCGACACGGCAAACUUCGACGACGAGUUCACAUCAGAGCCCCCGACCGACUCUUAUGUCGCCGGCCCGAUGCUCUCACAGACCAUGCAGCAACAGUUUGCAGGCUGGAGCUACAACCGCCCAGUCGCCGGUUUAGGGGAUGCAGGCGGCAGCGUCACGGACCCAAGCUUUGAAGAGUCGGUGCAAUAG